AGGCGCUCUGCUGGGUGCUGGGGUCCUUCCCUCUCUGCGCAUGCUCAGUAAAAUGUUGCUGCCGUAGCUAGACAGCAGCACGGAGGAGCAGCUAGACGGAGGAUGGUUUCUUGUUUUUUUUUAUUUAAGGCUGUCAGUAAUAUAACCUGACAAAAUGAAGUUUCCCAACUCCUAGCUUGGUGAGGAUAUGAUGAGAGGAGCCUGUCCAAUGCAGCAGUAGCGGUAAAGUGACAUGCUGGCUUGUUUGCCAGCAUCAGGUGACCCUACCUUCAGAUUUCUUCCUCGCACGCAGAUGAACACUGGACUUCAGAAAUGGGAAACUACACAGAAGAUGCGAUCUGCCAUCUAUCCAACCCCAGCAGAGUUGGAUGCCUAUGCUAAGAAAGUUGCCAACAACCCUUUGACCAUCCAGAUCUUCCCCAACAGUGUCAAAGUUCCUCAGAGGAAGCACAUCCGUCGCACAGUCAACGGGCUCGACACGUCCCUGUCCAGCCAGCGUCACAGUCCCUACGCUUCUCAGGUCACCACCAGAGGGGGCCUGCUGGCUGUCCUCCGUGCACCUAUCAAGACUUUUGUCAAAGAAUCACACAACAGUCGCACUCGGCAGCAACAAAAGUCAGCCAUGAACCCUCAAAGCGGGCCGUACGCUGCUCAAAGCACUUUAAAUCUUCCUCAUGCUGCUCCUCACUUAGCCGGCCCCUCCCAGCCGGCCGCCCAGAAGCAGGGGAUGGUCCACUCGCAGGCAAUACAGCACCAGACUAUGACUCAACCCAUGGCUCUGCAGCACCAUCACCCACAUGCUUUACAGCAGAGGGGCAUGGCCCACUCUGAAGCACUACAGCGGCAGCAGAGCAUGACCCAGGUUCAGAGAUUGGCUCACCCCCAGGCUCUGCAGAGGCAGCAGAGCCUGCCUCACAGCCAGGCCCUGCAGCAGCAGCAGGGUCAGUCUCUCAGCCAGGCCCUGCAGCAGCAGCAGGGUCAGUCUCACAGCCAGGCCCUGCAGCAGCAGCAGGGUCAGUCUCACAGCCAGGCCCUGCAGCAGCAGCAGGGUCAGUCCUGUGCGUCAGUCCUGCCACAGCAGCAUCUUUCUCAUGUGCAGACACUGAAGCACCCGACGGCUCCUCCACAAGCUGCACUGACUCAGCAGGGAGUGACUCAGGAUUUGCGCCACCUGUCUGAUGGGGGGCCACACCCCCAGGGGCUCGUCAGCUUGCAGGCUCUUCCCCACGCCGUGCCUACAGGCCCCGCCACUGUGUCCAGCAGCCUCCAGCAGCCCCCGACGGGACAGUACGGAUCGCGGAAGCUGCCCGACGUGGACUCGCCUCCAAACGUAACAGUAUCUACCUCCACCAUACCGCUGUCCAUGGCGGCCAGCCUGUACCAGAACCGUGUGGGUGACCUGAGCAGCAUCGUGCAACAGAUCAACCAGCUGUGCCAGGCUCGGGCCGGCAUGGGCGCCACCUCGGUCUGCGAGGGCCAGAUCGCGAACCCCAGCCCCAUCAGCCGCAACCUGUUGAUCAACGCCAGCUCUCGGGUGUCCUCUCAGCACUCGGGUCUGGGCAACGGCUCCAGCUGCCUCAUGGGGGGGCAUCCGGACAAAGCUGCCGCUCAGACCCCCGGCGGCACGCUCCACUCGCAGCCUGCUGCAGCCGCUCCUAACAGCGCGGCUGCCUUUCACGCAGACAGCGAGAAGGUGCAGCUGCAGCACCACUUACACCAACAGAAACAACAACAGCUGCAGCAGCUGCAGCAGCUGCAGCAGCAACGCUCCUGGGCUCAGCAUCAACUGGCCCACAUGCAGCAGCCCCCCGAAGGAGUCCACCCCUGCAAAAACCCAAGGAUGGAGCCUCCCAUUGAGUGUGCGUUUCCAUCUCAAAACCUCAGCUAUGCCCACAAGCUCCCCAACGCCGCCCAGGGCUUCCCUCUGAAACAUCCCACUGAGAAGACCCACCCGUCCCCCACUGUGACCUGCCCCGCAGCAUCGUAUGCUAACGGGCACUACAUGCAGCCCCCAUGGAGCGGCAUCCCCACCACCGCUGGGAACAAUGGAAAUGUUCAGGACCUCCCGGCGGCCUACCAGGGAGGCCAGGCCGCCUCCACAAAUCGCAUCCCGGGGGCAAAAUACCGGCCGGGGAAAGAAGGACCCCCCGGCCAGUCGAAGCUGAUGCAGCGGGUGGAUUUCUUAAACGAGGACUUCCACCUGCCCAGCUUACAGGAUCAGAACCUGGAUAUGAUCCAAAAGAUGCACAGGUCUGCUAUGGGCCAGGUUAAGGAGCCCGGCAGCAGUGGGAGUGUCCACCACCCAGGCUACCAUUAAAACCUGUUUAUUCCUCAUUUGUCUUCUUGAUUAGCACUUUCAGUUUCUGUUGUGUUCUUUCAGCGAUCAGGUAGAUGUUAUUGCUUCAGAGCUGGAUUGGACCCGGUGAUGGAUUGAUCUGUGCACCUCUCGGUCCAGCUCCUCCCUGAACAAGAGGUUUUUGUUUUUUAAAGGAAAGGAACGAGCUUCAUUUGGAAAAACCCACAAGGCUGUGAUGUUUUCUAGUAUUCCUCAGGUCUGAAGCCACGCUGUACCUUUGUUUAAAAAUGAAGGUUUUAUUUCAUUAGAAUUUAAUUCCCUUCAUCACUGCUCCUGAAUCUGUAGCUUUUAUCGUGUUUGUCUCACGAUUGUCACAAUGCUUUCCUUCGGUUGACAACUUUUAUCGGCACUUGUGGCCUUACAACCACCUGAAGGCAGACUUUAUGGUGUCCUGGUGUUUCGUUGCAGUUCUAACCUCUGCAGGUUCUGACCCGUUUGAAGGUUACAUAUUUAUGCAAUGAGUCUCUGGAAGCUUCUGGACCGAGGAGCUGCUUGUUGCCGGGUCUGAGUGUGAGUCAUCAUCACAUCGCCACAUCUGAGAGUUUAGUUUUAAAAAUUACCUCCUCUUUUUGUGGGGGGAGGUAAUACUUCAUGAAUUGCUUUUAAAAUAGACGUUUUAUUCUAUUUUCUGUUUCGUCGUCAUCGAUUUGUAGCUUGCCCUACUUGAAUUGUGAGAAAUUAUUUGUAAAUGUUUUAGCGUUCGGCACGAGGAGCAGAGACUCUUACUGGCCCGUAUUUAUAGUCAAUGUGAACCGGAAGGCGUCCUGUUGUUGGAACGGUGUGUGUUUGUGUGCGAAAAGCAGGGAAAAGGCUUCAUUUCCCGCCUCGCUCCCGACGAGUUUCAUCACCACUUUUCUGCUGUAACACAAAUGUGAUGUGGACAUUUUUUAUUGUGGCUUUUUGUGACCUGUUUAUCUGGCACCACUCAGUUUUAUUUGUGGUAUCUAUAAAACAUUUAUUCCAGGACAUUAUUUCAAACAUAACUAGCAUGAAUCGACCCGUCACCUUCGUUUAUUCGUUUUUUUCCUUCAGGUUGAUUUACUGUCCUCAGGCCUUCUGGGGGGAAAAAAGCCUUAAAUGCCAUGUUAUAUUCUACUCAAUACUUAUUUAUACUGUGUAACUGAGCUUCUUAGUCAGGAUUAAUAUGCCUUUAUUGUGAGAGAGUGCUUACUCAAACUGUAGAUGGGGGUUAUUUGGAUGAACGGAUGAUUUUGCCUUACAUGGAAUUAUCACGGUAACGCCACUUAUGCCCGUCGAUAAAUCACUCAUCCUGUUGUCUGAAAUGUUACGUCGAGGAUUUAAGAUGUUUUUAAAGAAAGUAAAAAUCAUAGCGUUUAGAAUAAUGAAUAGGUAUUUAGGUAGCAGUUCUUUUAAAAUAUUUAUUUUCUUUUUUGGUUUACUUCAUAAACAACCUGGUGUAGUUUUUAAUUUAUUUUAUUUUCUGUGGAACUUUGCCUCCUGAAGCCAUAGGUGUUCAUGCAGGAAGUAGUUUUUUUUUAAUAAAACGCAAGCUCUUUCAACUUCACCAGAUAAACAGUACAGGUUAAUAAAAGGGAGGAAGAACGGCAAAGUAAAAUGUCAUCUUCAAAUUAAAGCAAGCACCUUUAUUUUGGUGUUGGUGGCAGUUUAUUUGUCUCGUCCCGCCUCUCGUUUUUAACGUGCCUGUCCCUGGAAGCUGCUGCUGAAUCUAAUCAACACACACUACCAUGAUUCGUGUGUCUUUAAAUAAUAAUAAUAAUAAUGAGGAUGUAUCAUUGGAAAAAGGGUUGUAUUUAUUUGAUGAACACGGGGCGAGUUUGUGUUCAGCCAUAUUGAGAGAUUCUUCUGUAAAUAACUGACCAGUAUUCAAAGUGGGUGAGUGAUUUAAAAAAACAACAAAACGUGACCCUCUGAGCCCGUUUGGGUUCCCCAACAUCAGACAAGUGAAAACACUAAAGGAGUUGUGAACUGCCUCAUUACAGUCAGGUUCUACAGUUUCAUAUGAAGUGCCUCCACUGGGCUUUAGUAUGGAGAAGAGUGUGUGUGUGCACGCGUGUGUGUGUGUGUGUGUGUGUGUGUGUGUUAAGCUUGGGUACUUGCACACAGGUGUGCAUGCUGACAAAAGGUCCACAAAGUGAAUCUUUGAUGUGGGGUGUCUGAGUAAGUGUGUGUGUGUUUGUGUGUGUUGGGUGGGGGGGACCAAGCUACUUAGUGUAACUACUGAUACUGUGUCAUGGGACUGAAGUCCUGAAGGUGUGCCACGACUCCCUGACACAAUCGGGCUGCAUCGACUGUUUGCUGCUGACUCACUGACCAAAGUGACCCGGCGCCCCCCCUGACCGCUGACACCCCCCCCACCCAAACUUGAACCAAACCUUCCAACAAUAAGCAACAAUCUGGUGAUGGCGGUUAAAGGAAACCUUGUGAAGUAGGAUGCAAAUAUGUGAACCAAGCGUUAAAAACAAAUCUAGAGCGGGUGGUUCUGGUCCUCACAGCACACUUUUUUUUUAAAUUUCAAAAAGUCUUUUUUAAAUUUGGGGUUUGUGUUUCAUGGUAGCACAGGAGGUCAGUUUGCACUGCAAGGAUUUAAUCUACUGAAGCACAUCGUAGCCCAUCGUUUAAAGGAACUGAUGACAUUAUUUAAAUGUAUUUUUAUUUGCCCGACGACUCGCUCUAGAUUUGAUUUUGCUCCGAUGUAAUUUGUCUCUGAUUAUAACGACUGUGUUCUGAACGGUGGUGGAGGGGUUUAUUUCUCUACUGUCUGAAAAUGUGAUAUUCCACUUUUGCCUAACCUUCAGGAAUUAAAAUGUCUUGCACAAACAUUCCCCCUAACCAAAAUAAAGUUUGCAAACACAGUGUU